AAUCUAGAAAUACGUUUUUGUUCCAUUUUAUUGAGAAUGGGUCUGCUUUCCAAUAAUAUUAUUCUGUUUACUGUACUGUCAGUUCUUGAAGUCCAGGGACUUUACCAGGAGCAACCAAGUACAGUGAUGCCCAGUGUAGUGUCCACUAUGAGCUCAGCCCAUACCACUGGAAUGGAGGAAACUUCGGCAGCUGUCGAGGAAACAACAACGCUUUCUCCGCCGAUAAGAUGCCUCAGUUGUAAAUUUUGCUCACCCAAUGAGGGGAAAACCAGAACCAAGAAGGGCAAAAAGAUGUGCCACAUAAAGUUGGGCGAAGUGAACGGUUGCGUUUCUAUGUACUUCAAUUUCAACAGCAGUGCUGGAGGACCAGAUGGCUUUAUGGUGAGAAGCUGCAUUUCCGACAUGGACGAGAGUUCGCGGGAGCACUGCAAGAAACAUGAAGAACUCUGUGAGAGGUGUUUCGAAGACGACUGCAACCAUGUGGAAAUAGAUAAAAAUGGUUUGGCCACGAAUGCAGGAUCGCGAAUAAUAUACUCAAGUCUAAUGAUCUUCUGUUUAGCCGGCUGGCUUUUCAGGAUUGAAAAAUGCAACCUUAUGAUUAUAGAUUAAGCCUAUUCAGCUUAACAAUGGCAAAUUGUAAGCCAACAUUAUGGAAUUCGGCGAUAUCACCAUGACCAUGUCGAUAAAAAUUUACUUUGAGUAACCUAAGAAUGCCAAUUUGCUACGAAUACUUUCUGCGACAUUUCCAAAUUGCUUUACUAGUGCACCCAACCAAAUUUGUUCGCCCUAUUGUUUAUAUAUACUCUCAUUUUGAUUGUUGCAAUAAAUAUACACAUAUAU